GUAAAGGACACACGGAUCUUUUGCUUUAUUUUCCUGUUGAUUCGCGGUAUCUUGAGUCGAAUUUUUGGUGUUGCGCCAGUUAUAUCAGCCGUUUUUGAAUCAUUUGAUCAAUACGAAAGCCACACCGAUGUGACUGGUGGAAAAUCAUUCGUAUAGAGCAGUCAGAAAAUACCAUUUCUCGGAUAUGUCAUUUGCUGUGCGGCUGUAUCAGUAGAUUAGCUAAGUUCAAUGGCGUCGUUUUCACUCGAUACAAAUUGCAAUGAAAAACGACGGGGUACAGCAAGAUAUCGUGUCGGUGACCGAUCACAGAUUGAGGCCACGAUUGGGACCCAACAAAAGAGAGAUUCUGACGAUGAUUAUGAAAGCCCUGAUUUGGAUUUUGUCUAUGAUGAUGCUGAUACCCAUGCAAAUGAGAUUGCAGAGCUCUACAGCUAUACCGAGAAACAUGAACUCCUAUACAAUCUCAAUGCAUUCGAAGAUCAAAUGGAACGGUAUCAACUUCAGCCCUGGUGGCAAACAUAUUCUGUGGAUCAGCAAAGGUCAAUAAUCUACAAGCAGCUGGAUCAGCUUGAGCACUCGAAUAAACAGCUGCGGAUGAAAGCUGCACGUGCUAUUUUAUACCUGGCACAAGGCUCCUGGGCAGAAGUGCAAUCUGACAAAGAACAGCAGGACUGGACGCGUACCAAUGUUAUGCUUUUAUACGAGGCUGGAGUAUUUCCAGCAUUUGUGGAACUGUUGAAUAUAGAGAUCGAAAACAGCGCAACAGCUACAUCAGCAUUGAGAAAAUUAGCAGUGAGUCUUGCAGAUUCUGUAGAUCUACGAGUUAUUUUAUCAGUCCUAUACAUAAUUACGGAAGUAAUGAGGGUUGAGGCUUUAAAUAUUGAAAACAGUCCCUACCGAAAACACGUAGAAGCAUUCAAGGAAGAACUUGUAAACCCUUACGGAGAGGAAUUACUAGUCGUGAAAUUACUCGGCAUGGCAACACGAUUCUGCAGCGGGUCCGCGUCACACUUUCCGAUGAAAAAAGUUCUUUUACUUCUCUGGAAAGUAAUUCUGGUCUCCUUGGGGGGCAUAGAAACUUUACGCCAAUUAAAAGCCACUUAUCGAGCUGAGGCUGGUCUGGAAACCCAGGAGGAAGAUACGAUAGAAAUAGCUAAAGGAAUGAGAUCCUGCUCCCCUCCCGCUAGUGCGACCGAUCUCCUAGAAGCCCAGAGCCAAAAGAAGAGUAACAGGUCGUUUCGAAGAGUGCUAAUGAAGCAGAGCUCGUUAGAUGAGCCUGAACUGGUAAUAGAUUUUGAGGGUAUGAGAGGGAGUCCUGGAUUAGGCGGAGGGGAAGGGGACAGAGAAAUGAACGAAUACGAUGAACAGAGAGGAUUUGAGGAUCAGUAUCAGUACUCGACUCCACAGCAUAAUCAGCAGUCGGAGUCGAGAUCUAGCACUCCAGAAUCAACCAAGACCAAAGUGGGUCUACCUUGGACGCCAAAAGUCAGACAGAAGGAUGUCGACACUUUUUUAGCUGUUUCUAGAAUGAAAUUUGUGGGAUACACGCUACAAGGCGAUCGCGAGAGUCUGGCCGGGUUACCGCAGCCUAUCCACGAAGGUGUGAAUACUCUAAAAAAGCAUAUGUACACUUCCCUAGCCGAACUUCAGGUUCAAAAAGAGGAGGAAAUAGCUAGAAACCCAAUGAGCACACCUGAGCCCAUGCCCCGUCAGACCCCGACAGAAAUUUUGUAUCAAGCAACACUAGCGAACCUUCCCCAGUACAAAAUUGCCCUGUUAAAAAUAUUACUUGCAGCUGCGCCAACUAGCAAAGCAAAAUCUGAUACUAUUAACAUAGUUGCUGACGUUCUACCAGAGGAAAUGCCAGUAACCGUCUUGCAGUCUAUGAAACUUGGAAUUGAUGUUAGCCGACACAAAGAAAUAAUCGUUAAAGCCGUUUCAGCGAUUUUACUUUUACUUUUGAAGCAUUUUAAGCUGAACCACGUCUAUCAGUUUGAAUUUAUGUCGCAGCAUCUGGUUUUCGCGAACUGUAUACCACUGGUUCUCAAGUUUUUGAACCAAAACGUCAUGACCUACAUCGAAGCGGAGAAUUUUAUCCCAAUUUUGGAUUUUCCGGCCUGCGUGAUCGGGGACCAGCCAGAACUUACUGCUGAGACUCUCGAAAUCGGUGAUGGAAAACUGUAUUGCUGGCGCAACAUAUUUUCUUGCAUCAAUCUGUUGAGAAUUCUCAAUAAAUUGACCAAAUGGAAACACAGCAGAAUAAUGAUGCUUGUUGUAUUCAAGUCUGCUCCAAUCUUAAAACGUACAUUGAAAGUCAGACACGGAAUGAUGCAGCUGUACGUUUUGAAACUCUUGAAAAUGCAGACAAAAUACCUGGGCAGACAGUGGCGAAAAACUAACAUGAAAACUAUCAGCGCGAUCUAUGCCAAAGUCAGACAUCGUCUGAACGAUGAUUGGGCUUACGGCAACGAUCUGGAGGCAAGACCUUGGGAUUUCCAAGAGGAAGAAUGCGCGUUACGGGUCUGCGUAGACCGUUUCAACAAUCGACGAUACACAAAUAAUGUCAGGGAUAAAGAAUUAGAGCCCUGCGAUACGUUCAUAACAUCGGUUUUGGGCAAUGACGACGUGGAACUCACCGAAGAAUUCAAACAACAUUACGAACUCUGGUUACAACAGGAGGUUUUCCAAGCUAGCAUUAAUUGGGACGAACUAUUAGGGUAUUCGAACUAUGAAGUAUAAAUCCGAAGGUUGCCCAUGAACUACCAACAGUUAACUACUAUUAAACUUCAAUUGCAACGUCUACUUUUAAUUUAUUGAGUUCUUCCAGUUAGUGAAGAAACAAAAUUAACGCAAACUGUACAUAUUAUCUGAUCCGAUAUAAAAUUACUUAGCAAUGUUUAUAUUCGACGCGAAAUGAUACUGAUCAUCGAAUCACGCGUGACACGAACGGUAAUUCACGGUAAUCGCUUGAAAUUUCAUAGAUCGCAACCCCGCGCGAUUAUUUCGAUUCGAUAAUAUUUCCAAUGCAUUACGAGGGAAUGAGUCGCAUAGAUUGUACGUGUUAUCGACGCUUUAUUCUCCGGUAAAUAAAAUUGCGUCCAUUUGUAACGUCGGAAUUUUCACCAGUGAUGAAAUUUAUUUAAACCGACGAGUCGUAAAAACUUAGAAUUAUUGCACCGUAAAUAAAAAUGAGAAGUUUUACAUUGUA